GUCCCUCCCCUUCCCCCGGCCGUUUCCCGGGGCGCCGCCCGGGCUCGGGGCGGCGGCGCUCGCAGCAUGGCCCGGGGCCCGGCGCACCUGCAGUUCCGCGUGCAGCUGCGCUUCGUGACCGAGGAGCAGCUCUUCGGGGCGGGGCCGCUGUCGCCCCCCAGCCCGAAGUGCCUGCGGCUGGAGGUGCACCCGGCGGGGGAGGAGGCGGACGCGACGGUGACCGACGCUGAUGGCGUCUGUGUCUUUAAAUGCUUACUCAACAGAGACACGGAAUGUUGCCGCGUGGGGAAGGAAUCCGUCUUGAUCACUCUGGGAUACAGCAGUGCUCUGUUGAAGUUUGAAUCUCACGCAGAUCUCAGCUCAUUUUCAAAUACCUUGAAAAGCUGCCGGCAUGAGAAAAAGGAGUCCUCGGUGUUCAGCCAGCGGACAGAAGAGGCAUCAGCCGUGCAGUAUUUCCAGUUUUAUGGCUGCAUUUCCCAGCAGCAAAACAUGAUGCAAGAUUUUGUGAGGACAGCCACUUACCACAGAGCCAUCCUCCAGAACCACAUUGACUUUAGAGACAAGAUUGUCCUAGAUGUUGGCUGUGGAUCAGGAAUACUAUCAUUUUUUGCCGUGCAGGCUGGAGCUAGGAGAGUGUAUGCUGUUGAAGCCAGUUCUGUCGCACAGUACGCGGAGAUGCUGGUGAAAAAUAACCACCUUUCAGACAAGAUCAUUGUUUUGCCAGGGAAAAUCGAAGACAUCUCUCUUCCCGAAGCCAUCGACGUGAUCGUGUCUGAACCGAUGGGGUACAUGCUGUUUAAUGAAAGGAUGUUGGAGAGUUACCUUCAUUCCAAAAAGUGGCUAAAAGCAAAUGGAAUGAUGUUCCCGACCUUCAGCGACAUCCACUUGGCCCCCUUUUCUGACGAACAGCUCUACAUGGAACACUACUCCAGAGCCAACUUUUGGCACCAGCAGUGUUUCUAUGGGGUCAACCUGUCCAGUCUCCGGGGGGCCGCGGUGGACGAGUAUUUCAGGCAGCCGAUAGUGGACACGUUUGACGUUAGGAUUUUGAUGGCUCGGACGGUCAAAUACACGGUAAACUUCAUGGAUGCGGAAGAAGCAGAUCUGCACAGAGUAGAAAUCCCCUUUGUGUUUCAGAUGACACAGUCUGGCCUCAUCCACGGCCUGGCGUUCUGGUUUGACGUGGCCUUUGUUGGAUCUGUGGUAACUGUUUGGCUGUCGACAGCCCCAACUGAGCCUCUGACUCAUUGGUAUCAGGUGCGGUGCCUUCUCCACACUCCCCUCUUUGCCAAAGAAGGAGAGACCCUCUCAGGGAAAGUGCUGUUUGUAGCCAACAGACGACAGAGCUAUGACAUUCAUAUCGUGGCGCUGGUAAACCAGACAGGCUUCAGAUCUGGGAACAUCCUCGAUCUAAAGAAUCCUUUCUUCAGAAAGCUUGAAAUAACACAAAAGGUACCAGCAGUGAUUCCAGAAAGCUGGCAAUCAGAUGGGGUUUUGAGACUGGCUUAUUCACCAUGGCUGGCGAGGAGGAUCACAAUCCAAGUGUUCUGUACCAGGGCCAUGUUAGCUCGCCCACCUCCUGUCUUAAUAUAGUCCGGAGAGAUCUGGACCAUCUGGACAACCUGAAGAACUUCACAUUGAUCCGUCACAUCGAUCAGAUGAAGACACGGCUAGUGGGCUGGAGACCUUGGUAAGAAACACGUGUGCCGGAAGCUGGAAGACAAACUCUGUAAAGAUUCAGGGACAGACCACUUCAGUAAAGCUUUCGGGCAUCCUAAAAGGUAGGGCUGAAAAGAAGGAGGUACACAUUUUUAAGGCCAGGGAUAUGUCAGGCAGUCCCCUCCCCAGUAAAGGCAUUUUGCUACAUCCUGCGUUCCCUGUUGUGAAAUAAAAAGUACAAUGCCACGUCUUGCACAUGUAGGGAUCCUGUCCCAGUGCGUACCCCGGAGGACAUGGAAGGAUGCCAGUCCUAAGUGGGGCCUGGAUCGGGAAAGAACUGCACAGCAGGUCCAGGCUGUAGUGAAGGCAGAUUUCCCACUUAGACCAGAACAUCUGGCAGACGCUGUGGUGUGGAGGUGUCAGUGGUGAGAAAAAAAAUGCAGCGUAGAAUUCAUAGUAACCCGAUUAGGAAGAUCCCACCACAGGACCUUGGUGUUCUGGCCCAGGAUCAUGCCAUGUGUAAUGGAGAAUUACACACACCUCAAAAAAGAGCUCCUGGCAUGUUCCUGAGCCCUAACAGAGAUAGAAUACCUGACUAUAGCAUAGCAUUGACCAUCCGUCCAGAUCUGUUCAUUAAGAGCCGAGUUCUGUCUUGCCUGUCAAUUCACAAAGCCAGAUGGGCCCGGCCAUGUAAAACAGAAAUGAUGCAUCAGGAACUGGGCCUGAGUAAGACCAGAGGACACAAGUUAGCUGCAUGAUCAGGGAGCACAGACCUCCAUAUCACCCACAUGAUGGUACCAGCUCCCUUCCCCAAGCUCUCAUCCAUGAUCUGAUAAUAAGGUGUCAUACAGACAGCUGAAGGAGCAGGAGAAAGCCCAAGCAUGGAUUACGGAUGACUGGGCUCAGUUUGUGGGGGAGAAACUGAAACCCGACAACAGCAUUACAUUCUCAUACGGGCCGAAAGACAGUGGAGAGGGAAAAUCUUUUUAGAGGGCAGGGAGUGCUCCUUGUCAUCCGCUUUAUGGAGAAGGAAAGUGGCCCAAGAUGAGAACAUAUAGAGAUUCCUAAUCAUUGGGCAGUGGCCCAACCAGCUGGUCAGAGCCUGGAGGGAAAAGGAUGAUGGGAAAUAAAAACCAUCCACAGGGUAAAGGCGUGUGGAUGAGACAUAUGGGAGUGGACACAAGAUGUGAACAUUUCAUGUUAAUACCAGUCAAAAGGCAUCCGCCCUGAACAUUGGACGACUAGGUUGACAAGAUGACUCAACCAGUUGACAUCAGUUCUCAGCUCUGGGUACUCUAGAACUGGCAUGAUGGGUACAUGAAUGGCGUGGUCAUAAUGUCAGAGACAGAGGCUACACAUGGGCCCAACGGCAUAACUUCCACUUACCAACGCCAACCUAAUUACUUCCUCUGAAUGUCGAAACUGCCAGCCACAGAACCAAUGCUGAGCCCCUGACAUGGCUUUAUUUCCCAAAGAGACCAACAGCUACCAUCCACCCACAGUUGAUGACACUGGGCUCCUUUCAAUCCGGAAUGACCAGCAGUUUCUCUCCCUAGGAACGGAGUCCUAUUCCAAGUAUGGGCUGACCUUUCCUGCCCACGGAGCCUCUGUCAGCAUCACCGUCUCAAAGCUUAUGAAGUGCUUGAUCGAUAGGCACAGAACCCUACAUAACAGUAUGUGAGCGGGGGAUAUAAUUUAAGUCAAAAAAGGUCAUGUGAUCCACAGGUCAUAUUCCACGCUGUACCACCCAGAGGCAAUCAGCCUGAUAGAGUAUGGCAAUGGCCUGCUGUCAGGGCAGCUGGAGCACCCCCUAAGAGGCCAUCAUCUACAAACAUGGGGAGCUCUCUUCCAGAGUGUAGAAUAAGUCCAAACCCAAGAUCCCUAUAUGAUGCUGUAAGAAGAAUGCAGGGGUCUAGGAACUAAGGGGUAGAAGCAAGCACGGCCCCACUUCUCCUUCUCAAUGAAACUUGGGGCGAUUUGUGCUUCCUGCCCCCCAAGACUUUGAGCUCUGUAGGAUUAGCGGUCCUUGUCCCCAGAGAGAAUGCGUUCUUGCCAGGGGACAGAGCAAGAGUUCCAUUGAGCUGUGGAUGCCAGCUGGAUAUAAUGGAUUCCUUGUGUCCAGGACCAAUGGUGAGAAAAGGAGUCACCAUCCCGGCAGGGGCUAUUACUUCUGAUCACCAGGUGGAGGGGCUAGCUGACGGCCUCCAGAGGCCACAACGUCAGGCUCCAGCACAGCAUUCAUGUUGAGGCCAUUCUGUCCCUGGGUUGCCCAAACAAUGACUGAGCACAGAGAGGGUACUGGAGCUGGGCCAUGCCUACACAUCUCGGUCUCCUUUAAUGGGCAGGCUUGGCUCGGGAGCCCCGCGUUGGCCUGGACUUCCUCAGAGCUCCACUACAGUCCGAACGUCGUCCACCACAUCCUCUCCCUUCCGUGUCUCCCUUCACAGGUAUCAGGUCAGCACCAUGGUCUCAGCCUCCUCCCACUCAUUGCUCGCUCUUCUCUCUCUUCUCGCCCCUCAUCGGCUUGUCUGCCAAUACGUUUCUUGGCCUCCUAAUUCUAUCUUGGCACCUGCUUCCUGGAGAUUUCAAGCAGACGCAAUGGGUUGAGGCUAGUUGGUUCAUUUUUUUUUUUCCUUUCUUUUCAAGGGAGGAGGAAAUCGGGGUGGCUAGGAGGAGGGCAUCACGGUAACGCCUGACGUGUACUUCCUAUCAUUUUUAAAAGUGAAAUGAGAAUAAUGGGAAAAUGUAGAAUUACUAAUAUGCUUGGUUAUCAAGUCUUUAUUGCUCACAAAUCCAGGAAAUCGGACGUUAAAACCGGUCACUGCUUUCCAAAGGGAACACCUCUUAUCGAGCCUGUAAAGAAAAUUCAAACAAAAGUUAAACAAAAACUUAAAAACGUGUGAAGUGUUCUCAUUCUAGCUCAAACCUGAAACUUGUACCCAUCCCUUGAGGAGUUUGGGUUUAUAAAACCAUAGUGCCUUGUAAGUGUUCUCCGUAUAAAUGGUAACUCGUGGGCUUUAUGUGAUAUUAAUUAGUCUUGGUUUUUAUGUCUCCAUCACCUGCUGACAGGAUCUUUCAUUAAAAGUGAUACUUUAUACUACAGUCAGAGAAACUUUUAUUUUGGUCAUGUCUUUUUCGUGCUGCCCUUAAGCGUGUAACCAAAGAAAGUAAAUUAGGACAAAGUCGGUUUUGUGCUUCUAAGAUAGCAACCAGGACAUGAGGAGUGCACGAUUAAUGUUUGGACUAUAUUAGUGUACUUUUAAGCAAAUCUGUGGUAUUGAAAAACAUAAUCCACCCUACUCAGAAGCAGUUCUUUUUUACUAAAGGAAAAUGUGUUGGCAACUGUUCCGUUUCCAUGGAUUUGUGAUUCUAAUAGGCCCUGAAAAUAAAACUCGAUCUUUGCCAAAAUCUCA